CGCGCGCGUUUUGCCGCUUCCGCUUCUAUGGCGGCGCCGUAGUCCGGGCGCGGGAUCCUGGGGCACGGGGAGGCUGCGGUACGCAGUCCGGGCGCGGUAAUGGCGACCCCGGAUCAGAAGUCGCCCAGCGUUCUGCUGCAGAGACUGUGUUGCCGGAUCCUGGGCCGGAGCGAAGCUGAUGUUGCCCAGCAGUUCCAGUUUGCUGUGAGAGUCAUCGGCAGCAACUUUGCUCCAACUGUUGAAAGAGAUGAAUUUCUAGUAGCUGAAAAAAUCAAGAAAGAACUUAUUCGACAAAGGAGAGAAGCAGAUGCUGCGUUGUUUUCAGAGCUGCACAGAAAGCUUCAUUCCCAGGGUGUUUUGAAAAAUACAUGGUCAAUCCUCUACCUCUUGCUGAACCUUAGUGAGGAUCCUCGCAAGCAAGCCAGCAAGGUAACUAGCUAUGCUUCAUUGUUUGCACAAGCGUUACCAAGAGAUGCUCACUCGACGCCUUACUACUAUGCCAGGCCUCAAACCCUUCCCUUGAACUACCAGGACAGAAGCACACAGGCACAGAGCUCCGGCAGCUUGGGCAGCAGUGGCAUCAGCAGCAUCGGCAUGUGUGGCCUCAGUGGCCCCACACCUGUGCAGCCUUUCCUCCCUGGGCAGUCCCAUCAAGCUCCAGGAGUUGGUGAUGGUCUCCGGCAGCAGUUGGGGCCACGCCUCGCGUGGUCCCUGACUACCAAUCAGCCUUCUUCACAAACCCCUACCUCCAAGGGUUUCCCAAAUGCCCUUUCUCGAAACAUGACAAGGUCAAGGAGAGAAGGGGAUCCAAGUGGCACAUUGGAAGUUACAGAAGCAGCUCUUGUGAGAGAUAUUCUCUAUGUAUUCCAGGGCAUUGAUGGCAAAUAUAUCAAAAUGAGCAACCCUGAAAACUGUUACAAAGUAGAAGAAAAGGCAAACAUAAAUAAACCUUUGAGGGACAUGUCGGUCCGGCUUGCUGAGCUGGGAUGGUUACAUAACAAAAUCAGAAAGUACGCUGACCAGAGGAGUCUGGACCGCUCUUUUGGACUUGUAGGUCAGAGCUUUUGUGCUGCCUUGCAUCAAGAGCUCAAAGAAUACUACAGGCUCCUCUCUGUGCUGCACUCCCAGCUCCAGCUAGAGGACGAUCAGGGUGUGAAUUUGGGACUAGAGAGUAGCCUCACACUGCGACGCCUCCUGGUUUGGACAUAUGACCCCAAAAUAAGACUAAAGACCCUCGCUGCGCUGGUAGAUUACUGCCAAGGACGGAAAGGAGGUGAGCUGGCCUCUGCUGUCCAUGCAUACACAAAGACGGGAGACCCCUACAUGAAGUCCCUGGUGCAGCACAUCCUGAGCCUAGUGUCUCACCCUGUGCUGAGCUUCCUCUACCGAUGGAUAUAUGACGGGGAGCUGGAGGACACCUACCAUGAAUUUUUUGUGGCAUCAGAUCCAACUGUUAAGACUGACCGACUGUGGCAUGACAAGUACACAUUGAGGAAAUCGAUGAUCCCUUCCUUCAUUACGAUGGACCAGUCCAGAAAGGUCCUUUUGAUAGGAAAGUCAAUAAAUUUCUUGCACCAAGUUUGUCACGAUCAGACACCAACUACAAAAAUGAUAGCUGGGACCAAGACUGCAGAGUCACCCCGUGAAGCUGAAGAUUUAUUCACAGACUUAGAAAAUACAUUUCAAGGGAAAAUAGAUGCUGCUUAUUUCGAGACCAGCAAAUACUUAUUGGAUGUCCUCAACAAGAAAUACAGCUUGCUGGAACACAUGCAGGCUAUGCGGCGGUACCUGCUUCUUGGCCAAGGAGACUUCAUAAGGCACCUAAUGGAUUUACUAAAACCAGAACUUGUUCGCCCAGCAACGACUUUAUAUCAGCAUAACUUGACGGGGAUUCUUGAAACUGCUGUUAGAGCCACCAAUGCCCAGUUUGACAGCCCCGAGAUCCUCAGGAGGCUAGAUGUGAGGCUGCUGGAGGUCUCUCCAGGUGACACCGGAUGGGAUGUCUUCAGCCUGGAUUACCACGUCGAUGGACCGAUCGCCACUGUGUUCACACGAGAGUGCAUGAGCCACUACCUGAGAGUGUUUAACUUCCUGUGGAGGGCCAAGCGCAUGGAGUACAUCCUCACUGACAUACGGAAAGGGCACAUGUGCAAUGCGAAACUCCUGAGGAACAUGCCAGAGUUCUCUGGGGUGCUGCACCAGUGUCACAUCCUGGCCUCCGAGAUGGUGCAUUUCAUUCAUCAAAUGCAGUACUACAUCACCUUUGAGGUUCUCGAGUGCUCCUGGGAUGAGCUUUGGAACAGAGUACAACAGGCCCAGGACUUGGACCACAUUAUCGCAGCACACGAGGCAUUCCUGGACACCAUCACCUCCCGCUGUCUCCUGGACAGCGACUCCAGGGUACUUUUAAAUCAACUCAGAGCUGUGUUUGAUCAAAUUAUUGAACUUCAGAAUGCCCAAGAUGCAAUGUACAGAGCUGCUCUGGAAGAGUUACAGUGGCGGCUACAGUUUGAAGAGAAAAAGAAACAACGUGAAAUCGAGGGCCAGUGGGGAGUGACUGCAGCAGAGGAAGAGGAGGAGAACAGGAGGAUCCGAGAAUUCCAGGACUCCAUACCAAAAAUGUGUUCACAGUUGCGAAUAUUGACACACUUCUACCAGGGUGUUGUACAGCAGUUUCUGGUGUUGCUGACGACAAGCUCUGAUGAAAGUCUCCGGUUUCUCAGCUUCAGGUUGGACUUCAAUGAACAUUACAAAGCCAGGGAACCCAGGCUCCGGGUUUCUCUGGGCAGUAGGGGGCGGCGCAGCACCCACACGUGAGGCUGCAGGGUUAUUAGAUGCCCACUCAAACUAAGACCCUCCAGGCAUCGGGGAGCUGCAGGUGCCCCCUGUCUGCACACAGGCCACAGUGUUUCAGCUCUGCUGGAAGAAGUCUCAUUACCCACUGGACUUAGUAUGAUGUCACCUUCACAUACUUCUUGCUCUUUACUUUCUCUUCCAAAGUUUACAUUUUUAUAUUUAGUUUGCUAUUUCAAAUAACUUAUAAAACAAUACAGAAGCAGCAGAGCUGUGUGGAGCAAAGGUGUCCUUGGCUAGCACAGCCCAGAUGUGGAGACCACCAGCUAGCAGUAUGGAUACGAUGGGAGCAAGGCUGAAUUGUUUUCAUUUUUAAAAUUCUGAUAAGUACUGGAAAGAAAUCCACUUGGAUAUUGGAGGUUUUCUUUCUCCUUGCCUAUUUUUUCAUUGUAAAUAUUUAUAUACUACUGACCAGAUGAUGGAGGGAACUGUUUUUUGUAAAAAUGUACUAUCCAGUCACAUAAUUAUGCCUUUUUUAUGUUGCAUAAGUGAGAAUUAGAGAAUUAAAAGUAUUAUCUUUCAGA